GCGGACUACGGAUGGCAGCAAUGCGACUCCGCGAGGGGCGAGGCAGAGCACCGAAGGACGAAUUGAGAAUCCGCAUGGAUGACCGUGAGCAGCGUCCACGCGCUGACGACGACCCUCCUGUCCGCGGCGCGCCGUCCGGGUCCGGCCAGGGCCAGCCCCGCGCACGCCGCGCAGCUCCACGCCCGCCUUCUCGUGUCCGCCCGCCUCGCGCACCCGCUCCACCUCACGCAGCUCGUCUCCCUCUACGCCGACGCGGGCCUCCCGGACGCCGCGCUCCGGGCCUUCCACGCGCACCACCUCACCGCCGCAAACCUCCGCACGUACACCGCCCUCAUCUCCCGCCUGGCGUGUCCCCAACCCGUCCUCGCCUUCUCCCUCUUCGCCCGGCAGCUUCUGCCCUCCCCUCGUCGCGCUCUGCGCCCCAACCCCCACGUCAUCUCCGCCGUCCUCGCCGCCUGCGCGAGCCUCCCGACCAUCCACGGCCGCCAGGUCCACGCGUGCGCCGCCAAGACUGUCUCGCUCGCUGACGUGUUCGUGUACACCGGGUUAGUCCACCUGUACGCCAAGGGCGGAGACAUGGCCUCGUCCACCAGGGUGUUUGACGAAAUGCCGCACCGGAGCGUGGCGUCCUGGAACGCGCUCCUCGUGGGAUAUGCCAGGAAUGGGAUGUAUCUUGAGGCGCUACGGAUGUUCAGGGAGUUGGCGGCACAGGGUCGCAACGUGCCGCUGGAUCAGGUGAGCAUGUCAAGUGCACUGAGCGCUUGUACCGGGGCCAGUGCUGUGAACUUUGGUCGGCAGGUGCAUGCAUGCAUCGUCAAGGUGGGAUUGGAUGGGAAUGCCGUGUGUGUCACCAACGCCCUUCUUGACAUGUACACAAAAUGUGGUUGCUCCCAAGAAGCUUCGGUUCUGUUUGAUUCUGUGAAUUGCAGGGAUGUCUUCACUUGGAACAUCGUCAUUCUUGGCUGCAUCCAUGAGAAUUGCUUUGAGAGAGCUUGUGGAAUGUUCCGGUUCAUGGUCAGGGCUGGGGUUUUGCCUGAUGAUGUCUCCUUUACUACUGCAUUGCAAGCUUCAGUGUGCCUGGCAGAAUGGGCUUUGGGAGUGAGCUUACAUGCCUCUGUCGUAAAGACAGGGUUCUUGGUCAGCCAGGGAGUUGCUACCUCGCUCAUCACCAUGUAUUCUAAAUCUGGCCGCUUGGAUGAUGCUCGCAGCGUGUUUGAUGUAGCAGAAAAUCACUUGUCUAUAAUGUCAUGGACCGCCAUGAUCACUGCAUUGCAGCAGCACGGACAGGGAGGCCCGGCUAUCGAUCUGUUCGAGACACUGCUGGAGAAGGGCAUCAUGCCGGACCACAUCACAUUUGGCAGUGUUCUCUCUUCUUGCAGCCAUAGUGGAUUUGUUGAGAAAGGGCGCAGGUACUUCAGUUUGAUGACCCAGGUUUAUAAGCUCACACCUUGGAGUGAGCACUAUUCAUGCAUGGUCGACAUGUUCGGACGAGCUGGCCUUCUUGGCGAGGCAAAGCAAUUCAUUGAUAAUAUGCAAGUUAAGCCGGACGCAUCAGUCCUAGGAGCUCUACUUGCAGCUUGCUUGAACUGUGGGGACCUUGAGCUGGGAAAAGAGGUUGCUGAGAAUCUCUUUGAGAUUGAGCCAGGUAACGCAGGAAACUAUGUCCUGCUCGCUAACAUCUAUGCAUUACAUGGAAGAUUCGAAGAGGCAAAGGAGGUGAGGAUACGGAUGGUUUCCCUGGAUGCAAGGAAGGAAAAGGGAUGUAGCUUAGUCAACAUUGAGAACGUCAGCAUCCGGUGAGAGCAGGUGAGGAUUAAAAGAUCUCAAUGAAUGAUGGAUGAACUUAUGGGACACUGAAGCUCAUAAUAUGAUUGAGAUACAUAAAACUAGGCUGCCUUCCGACAGAAAACCUCAGGAAAUGAUUAAAACCAUAUGGGGAUAAACUUUUUUGGACAAGUUCCCUAUGAUGUUAGUGACAGCAGAACACACUGAAAGCCAUGUAAUGAAAAUCAUGUGGUCAAUACUUAUACUCUGUAUAGUUGGGUUAUCACUGCAAAGAAGCAUAAUUUUGUUCAUGGAUGAUUAUUUCACCUCAGUAUGGUUACCUGUUUUGAUGAAAUGAAGGAUUAUGAAGUGUAAUAUCUGUGGAAUCACAGGGAAUUGUUGAUUUAACAUCGAGCAAAAGGUUGCGAGCUAGGCUUUCUGGAUGGACUUUCAGACAAGAAUAACAUACAAGUGAUGGGGGUCUUAAACAUGUUGCAGAGUUUGACGAGAAGGCUGUCGUAGCCAUCCAGCAAAAGCAAAUCUAGCUUCCUGCCGAUCGGAAGGCCCUCCAUGUACACCUUCACGAACAGUGUCUGCUGCCGCCGGCGCCUGCUGGCCGACGCGGCCAGGGCGCUCCUAAGGAACGGUUUGAUCGGCGGCCAACUCAAGAGUACUUGGUUCCUGCUGAUCACCCGAUUAUGUUGAAAGGUGUUGUUAGUUGAUGUAGAUGAUGGAUACAAGUGAUCCAAUUAGAUACGAAUAGUACUACUAGGCAAUUGAUUCGGGUCAUGCUAUAUUCUAUUCCUUUCCUUCUAAAUUAUAAGAUUUACCUUUGUCCUAAGUUAACCUUUUGUAAAUUUAACGAAGAUUGUAUUUCUUUACCAGUAUCUACAAUCUCAAUUAAGUAUACUA